UCUGCCGUUUCCGUCGCCGUUCCGCUGUAUUGCGCGAGGGCCUUUAUUGGCCAAAAUAUAUGGGCUAACUGUCAAAUUUUCCGUCGCCGUUCCGUUGUAUUGCGUUUGGGGCUUAAAUAUUUUUGACGGGAAAGGAAACGUCUCGUGAAAAGGUCUAUUGAUAUGAAACAAAUUCGUGCAGUGUAUCCGAAGCUGAACUACGCCACCAGUCUUUCUUUAUUCAAGUCUUUAUCUGGAGCUGUCAUAUUUUACUUUCAUGGCGUCUCGUUGUGUCGGCCUAAUUCGCGUUUCUCACGGAUAAAACAAAUUUCACCUGGAAAUAUUUGCUUAAAAAGCCCAAAUUGGAUGAAUUUCUUCAGUUGCUUUGCAGUGUUUUAGUUUCCCGAUAUUGAAUUGUCGAAAAUAAUGGAUAUUCCCGCUCCACCAAAUGAUAUUGAGCUAAGAAACAUCAUCGACAAGCUCGCCGAAUUCGUUGCCCGCAAUGGUCCGGAGUUUGAGUCGAUGACCAAAUCAAAGCAGAAGGGAAACACCAAGUUUGCCUUCCUCUACGGUGGAGAAUAUUACAAUUACUAUCAGUACAAAGUGGCUACCAAGCAGCAGUCGAUGAUGAAGCAAGGAGGCCAUCCUCUGUCGAUGAUGGGACAACAGGUAAAUCCGUUCGCCUUACAAAACCAACAGCAACAGCAGCAGCAGCAACAAAAUUCGAAUCAAAACAAUAACCAAAUGCCGCCACAAAUUUGGUCCAAUCCGCCACCACCUCCACAGCAGAAUACUCCACAGCAGCAGCCAGCACCGCCGCAACAGCCAGUGAUUACGCCGCAGAUUGCGGCACAGAUUGAGUCCAUCAACACACAACAGAAUGCGCUGCGCGAGCAGAUUCGACAAUCGGAAUUAAACCUCUCUGCUCAGCAUGGGGUUCUCCUGCAACAGCAACAAGUUCAAAUAGACGAAGCUGUAACGCGGGCCCAAAAUGAUGCCCUAGUUAAGCAGGCCGACGAUAGUAAAAUUUCGUUGAGUGAUUUCGACGCUAAACUGCAACCCAUUAUCGAUUCGUGCACGAAGGAUAGCAUUUCCAACGGAAAAGGCUGGAUUUUACAGCAUUGUACCGAUUCGGGAAAAUGUCAAAUUAUUUCGCAGUAUCUUUUGAGAAAGGCACUUAUUGCCGGAGUUGUAUUCACGCAGAAAUUACACCUCAUAUAUCUAGUAAAUGAUGUAAUUCACCACUGCAUUCGAAAACGCACCGAUGAGCUAAAAAAGAGUUUGGAAGGCGCCGUCAUUCCUAUGUUUUGCAAUGCUCAAAUUACGGCUCAAAAUGACGAGCAGCGUGCAAAAUUAACCAAACUGCUUUCCUUAUGGGAAUCGAAAGGAAACUUCUUCGAUGCCUGUGUAAUCUCGAAGCUAAAAUCUCCGCCAUCGUCACUCCAGGAGUAUCAGAACUCACUGCUAACGCAAUAUGCCGCUAUCGUGGCCCAGAUUACACAAGCGACAAAAGUAACCUUUGAAAACUAUCAACAGCAGCAUCAAGCGUUUGUCCAGCAUGCCACGCAGCAGUUGGCCCUUCUGGUGAAACAGAAACAACAGAUCGAGCAACAGGCUCUGAAAGCAGCCCUUGUUGCCCAGCAGAAACUUUCCGCGCCCCAGCCGUUGCUGCCCGAGCUGACGGGAGGAUCCAACAACGGUCUCGCUCAGGUAAACGCGCUUCUUAAUACUAGUCGAGGUAAUAAUGACCGCGAUGGGUCCCUUCCUUCCUUGUUGGAGCAGAACAUCAAUUUUACGUUGCUAUCAGGGGCUCUUCAGAACUUACAAACUAUUAAUAAUCAAGCGCAGAAUAUCAACAACAACAACAACAACAAUAGAGACAGCAACGAUAGCAGAAACAGCAGCCUCGGCGGCGAUGAUCGCGAUCGACGCGGCAACUAUGCGCAAUCCAGCAACUCUGGUGACGGAAACAACAAUGGAGGAGAUUAUUCGCAUCCACCUCCGAAUUUUCCUAUUCCAGACAUGACGCGACCACCACCCGGUAUGCACGAUUAUCCGUAUAGGGACAAUGACGACUCGGAUGAGAGACGACAUGACGACUACGAUGAUCCACCUCUGGAUGAGGAAAUCGACGAGCCACCGGAACAAGAAGCCGAGCCCGAAUUCAAGGAAGAUGAACCACCACAAAGUCCUCAGCAACCGUCAAUUCCUUACUUUGAACUACCUGCUGGGUUGAUGGUCCCCUUGAUACGUCUCGAAGACUUUGAUUAUCAUCCUCUGGAUCCAGAGGACAUUCGGUUGCCCCCGCCAGCACCACCUAACGAGCGAUUGCUCUCGGCCGUUGAGGCCUUCUAUGCACCUCCGAGCCACGAGAGGCCACGUGAUGGGGAGGGAUGGGAAAAGCUGGCUUUGUACGAAUACUUCAAAGUUAAAAAUGCAUCUCGUAAACAGAAGGAAGAAGAAAUUGAAAACGGAGCCCGUGAUCGCUCAAGAUCACCCACACCGAUAGAUCCAGAGCUGCUGAAGGCAACCAAAAAACAAAAGAAGCGGGUUUAUCGCUCGAAGAGUCGUAGUCGCUCCAAGUCUCGAUCGAGAGAUCGGUCACGAUCUCCGGUUCGCUACCGAAACCGAUCGCGUUCUAGAUCCAGAUCGCGGUCGAGGUCACCCAGGCGGGUACCACGCAACAGAAGUCGUUCACCGCGCAGAGAUCGUGAGCGCUCGCGUGAUAAGCGUUCGCCCACUCCUCCCAGUUUUGGUGGGAGCGGUUUCGGAAGUAAAAAUAUACCGGCUUUCGCGGAAGACAAAAUGCCAAAGCUGGCUCCAAUGGGUGUCCCACAAGGUAUGGGUGGGGAAGUGUGGGGAGGUAAUGACCGCGAAGGCUUAGGAUCGUACGGUGCGAGAAAUGAUCCGUACGAAAGUUUUCGUAAGAAUAAGGGUGCAGCAUUCAUCACUCGCAUGAAAGCUAGGGCUGACGAUAGGUAAAAGAGUAGGUUUAAACAUCGUCCAGCAGAAAAGUCUCCACGAAAAUGGUUCGUGGUAUUCGGUGUCAAUAUUGGAGCAGAAGAAGGGCAUCCCAAUAAAGUAUAUUUAAUAAUGCGA